GGUGUGAACCGGAUCCUCCAGUCAGUCAGCACGCGGGUGGAAACAAACCGCAACUUUUCAGCAGAAAUCACCGACAGUCUGCAACUCUCACACCGGAGAGGAGCGACCCGAACCCGGCCUGAACCCGCGGAGAGAGCCGGAGACACCGAGCCGCCGCCGCCAUGGGCCCGCCGCGGUCGAAGAAGCGGCGUCCGACGUUCCGCCGGCUGCUGAAGACGAGCGGCGUGAAGCUGGAGAACAAGCUGAAGAACCGUCAGAUGAAGCAGCAGAAUGUCGCCAAGAAGCAGCGCAAAGAGCAGAAGAGGCUGCGGCAGGCGGUGAAGGACGCCAACAUCAGGACGCCACGCCCCCUGGAGACCUACAGGAAGACGCCCGAGGAGGAGCAGCAGGAGCAGGAGCAGGAGGAGGAGUUCCUGGAGACUCUGCCCACCGACAUGAUGGAGGACGACGACCUGCAGCAGAUGACGGAGCUCGCUCGCCACGCCUCCUUCAUCACCAGAGACCUGUCGUCAUGCGGGCCGGUGCACGGCGGGAAGAGGCGGAGCUCUGAGGUGGUGCGGAGUUACGAGAAGGUUCCCAGGAAGAUGGCGAGGACGGAGGAGAAGGAGGUGAUCCACCUGCUGCCCAUCAAAGACAAGAGAGGAGUGAUCCCGCAGAGCGUGGAGAGAGUCAUCACAAAGCAGCCGGUGGAGGAGGAGGAGGAGCCAGAGGAGGAGCCAGAGGAGGAGCCAGAGGAGGAGGAGGACGAGGAGAGCGGCGCGGCGCUGACGGCAGAGCAGAGAGAGCAGCUGAGAGUCCACAAGAUCAACCAGAAGAAACUCCACAUCGCUGCUCUGGGAUCAGCCGUCGUAUCCGACCCCUACAGCAACAUAAAGAAGGUGAAGGAGUUGCGGGGGAUGCUGAUGGAGGCGGACCCCUGUGUGGCGGUGACGGUCAGGAAGCUGGUGAUGGUUUCUCUGAUGGAGAUUUUCAAAGACAUCACCCCCACCUACAGGAUACGACCUCUGACCCCUGAAGAGAAGGCUACCAAGGUGAAGAAGGAAACUCAGCAGCUCAGAGAGUUCGAGGAAGGUUUGGUGAGUCAGUACAAGUUCUACCUGGAAGACCUGGAGCAGACCGUCCAAGACUGGAAGCAGAGGAAGAAGAAGCGCAGCCAGGCGGUGGGUUUCCGGUCGUACCGUGGCCUCGCUCAAGUUGCUGUUCGUUGCCUGUGCGAGUUGCUGCUCGCUCUCCCUCACUUCAACUUCCACAACAACAUCAUUGUCGCCCUCGUCCCGCUGAUGAACGACCCCGACAGACAGGUAUCAGGUGCGUGCUGUGAUGCGUUCAGGAAGCUCUUCCAGCAGGACAAAGAGGGCGGGGCUUCGCUGGCGGCGGUGCGUGUCAUCUCCGGCCUUGUCAAGAGUCUCAACUACAACGUCAGACCUGAGGUGUUGAGGACGCUCCUCAGUCUGCGGAUAAAGGAGGUGCAGAUGAAGAAGGACAUCGAGGACACGGCACCAAAGAAGAAAUUCAUGAACUACAAAGAGAAGAAGAAGAACCUGUCCAGGAUGCAGAGGAAGUGGAAGAAGGCGGAGGAGAAGUUGGAGAAGGAGCUGCUGGAGGCCGAAGCCUCCGAGAGCAAAGAGAAGAAGAUCAAAACGCACACAGAGACUCUGAACAUCGUCUUCCUCAUCUACUUCAGGAUCUUAAAAAAAGCUCAGAAGUCAGUUCUUCUUCCUGCUGUUCUGGAGGGGCUCGCCAAUUUUGCUCACCUGAUCAACCUGGAGUUCUUCGACGACCUGCUCAACGUGCUGCAGAACCUCAUCCAAUCAGGAGAUCUGUCCAAUCGGGAGAGUCUCCACUGCAUCCAGACCGUCUUCACCAUCCUGUCAGGACAAGGUGACGUUCUGAACAUCGACCCACUCAACUUUUACUCUCAGCUGUACAGGAUGCUGCCACGGCUGCACGCAGGGGCACCCAGUGAUGACAUCAUCAUCGUGCUGCGGUGCCUGGACGCCAUGCUGACCCGUCGAAAGAAGCAGGUGACCCUGCAGAGGGCGAUGGCGUUCGUCAAGAGACUGAGCAUGCUCAGUCUGCAUGUGCUGCCCAACGCCAGUGUGGGGAUCCUCGCUGCCAGCAGAGCCGCCAUGCACGCGUUCCCUAAGUGUGAUUUCCUGUUGGAUAACGAGGUUCAGGGCAGCGGCUUCUACCUGCCGGAGCUCGACGAACCUGAACACUGCAACGCCCAGAACACAGCGCUGUGGGAACUACACACUCUGCAGAGACACUACCACCCGGUGGUGCAGCGGUUGGCGGUCCAUCUGAGUCAGGGGGCGCCCAGCGAGGCGGGGUCGCUCUCCGUGGAGCUGAGCCGCAGGUCUCCAUUGGAGCUGUUUAACGACUACAGCGUCGCAGACAUGACCUUUAACCCCCCUGUAGCUCCGCCUGGCAGCAAGAAGAAAGAUCGUUUUGGUGUGACGCUGCUGGACGCCGAGCUGCAGAGACGAGCAGAGAGCGCCCUGACCGCCGUCACCGAGGAGACGGAGCUGGACUUUACUGCAACACACACCGCACUGACACACACACAGUACUGACACACACACACAUACACACACACACACACACACACACACAGUACUG